CUGUAUGAUCCAUCAACUGAUACUUGGAUAACUACUGGUAAUAUGAAUAAUGGGCGAUAUUGGCACACAGCAUCUGUAUUAUUAAAUGGAAAAGUAUUAGUUACUGGUGGUAGAGGCAAUAGUUUUUUAAAUAGCGUUGAGCUAUAUGAUCCAUCAACAGGUACUUGGACAACUACUGGUAGGAUGACUAAUACACGAUAUUAUCACACAGCAUCUUUGUUAUCGAAUGGAAAAGUAUUAGUUACUGGUGGAAUGGAUAAUGCCAAUGCUUAUUUAAAUAGUGCUGAAUUGUAUGACCCAUCAACAGGUACUUGGAUAGCUACUGGUAACAUGAAAAAUGCACGAGCAUAUCAUACAGCAUCUGUAUUAUCAAAUGGAAAAGUAUUAGUUACUGGUGGUGGUGGUAGUAGUGGUAGUGGUACUGGUAGUUUAUAUAGUGCUGAAUUGUAUGAUCCAUCAACAGGUACUUGGACAACUACUGGUAACAUAACCAAUGCACGAUAUUAUCACACAUCAUCUGUAUUAUCAAAUGGAAAAGUAAUAAUUACUGGUGGAUCCAAUAGUAACGCUAAUGCUUUAAAUAGUGCAGAAUUAUAUUAA